UACACAACACCCUGGAAACAUCCAUGGCGGCUGUGUUUACCGGAGCAUUCUGUCUGAAAAAGAAGUUUAUCGUUAGUUUGUUAGCAGUGUUUGCUUUCCUCGUGCACGAUGCAUCUGAUGAUGUUGGCGCAGACAGAGUGUCGGUGUCUGCGAUGAAGGGAGAUUCGGUCACUCUGCACACUAAUAUUAUAAUAAACCAACCAGACCGAGUUAAAUGGUAUUUCAGUGGCACUCGCAUCGCUCAAAUCACUGGAGAUCUCAGUGAUAUCUGUACAGAUGUUCAGUGUAAUGAAGGUAAUGAGAGAUUCAGAGACAGACUGAAGCUGGACAAUCAGACUGCUGAUCUUACGAUCACAAACACCUCAGAUAAUGGUGUUUAUCAUCUAAAGAUCUUCAGCAGCAGACACACUGGAAAGGAUUUUGAUGUUGUUGUCCAUGAUGUUCCUGCUGCUGGAAUGAAGAGAAAGGCAGUGACGGAGGGAGAUUCUGUCACUUUAGACGCUCCUGAAGAAAAAAAACCAAAUGAUGUGAUGGCGUGGUUUUUUAAUGAUACUCUCAUCGCUGAAAUCACUGGAGAUCAGAGUAAGAUAUUCAGAGACAGACUGGAGCUGGACAAUCAGACUGGAUCUCUGAUGAUCACGAACACCAGAACCACAGAUGCUGGACUUUAUCAUCUACAGAUCAAAUCCAGCAGAAACCGCUACAGUACCACCAGCAUUAAGAGCUUCACUGUUUCUGUUACUGAUUCAGGUCUGUCUUCAGCUGCUGUAGCAGGAAUAUGUGCUGCUGCUGCUGUUCUGCUGGUGUUUGCAGCUGUUGGUGUGAUUUACUAUCACUGCAGGAGCUCCAUAAAGGAUGAAGGAAGCCCUCAUGAUCGGAGAGGAUCCCAACACAGGGCCGGCACCAACAGGGUGCAUUUGCAGACUCAAAUGAGUUACUGUGCCCCCACUUUCCAUCCUCUUCCUGAAAGCGAAAGUGAAACCGAAUAAAACAGUGUGCAUAUGAAAGCGAUCGCAUGCUUUCUUGAGCUUCAGGAAAUGCACACGAUUGCACAUGCCCCCCCAACGUGAUUUGGGCUCCCUCUAGAAAUGUAAAUGCCCUCCCCACCACCGAUGGAGGUG